AUGUCGGAAAAAUCGCCUUUACUUAAUAAUUACCUUCGAGGUUGUUUAUGGUCUCCAGACGGUUCUUGUAUUUUGACAAACAGUCACGAUAAUAUUCUUCGUCUUUUCAAUCUCCCUUCUUCAAUUUUCGAAAAUAGCAGUGCAGAACUCUCCUUUUCCGAACCAGAAGAAAUGAGAUCUGUUCUCGUGAUGCGUGAAAAAGAAUUAAUCUACGACUACUGUUGGUAUCCAUUAAUGUGCUCUGCUGAUCCAAUUAGUUGUUGUUUAGCUAGUACUAGUCGCCGAAAUCCUAUUCGACUGUGGGAUGCAUUUACCGGAGUGAUACGGGCAACUUAUAUUCCUAUUAAUCAUUUGGGUGAAGUUGUUUCCGCUUCCAGUUUAUCAUUUUCUUCGAAUGGUCAACGUUUAUACGCUGGAUUUCACCGAUACAUUCAAGUGUUUGAUGUUUCUCGUCCAGGAACAGAGUCAGUCAGGCGACCAAAACUUGGAAAAAAACCACUCCAAGGUGGUAUAAUAUCAUGUAUUGGUGUUUUGAAUGACCCUAGUCGAAAUAUCUACGCUACAGGUUCCUAUAACGGGACUGUAUGUAUAUUUUCUGAACCUGGUAAUCUGAUAACACGUUUAUUUAGUCAUCAAUCUGGAGUUACCCAAGUGACGUUGACAAAAACAUUUGCAGGAAAAAAUGGUGCACCAUGGUAUGUUUUUGUUGGUGGUCGAAUGGAUUCGCGGAUAUUUGUUUGGGAUGCAAGAAAUCUAGUAAAUCCAAUCACAAUACUUCAUCGACGCAUUGAAAAUCAUCAGAAAUUUCAGUUUGAUGUAGAACCCAUUGGUCGUUAUCUAUUUACUGGCAGUCAAACUGGUGUUGUUUGUGUAUACGAUUUACCUCAAUGUAUUGAUCAAUUUUCUGAAAAUGGACAUACCUACUCUUCUUCAAAUUGGCGAGCACAUUCUGACAGUACAAAUGGUGUCAGUGUACAUCCUAGCCUUCCUAUUAUAGCUACUUCCUCAGGUCAACGUAGAAUUAAACAACCAACUUUAAAGAAUGUAUGUAAAAAGCAACGUACAAUAGAAACAACAUUAGAAGUUCAACGCCUUCAUUUGAAUGAAAAUAUUUCAUCUAAUCAAUCAGUAUUAGACAGCAGUGACAGUGAGAGUAGUAUUAGUAGUAGUAGUUGUGAUGAGAAAGAUUUAAGUGAUAGUGAAGCUGUUUUAAUGACACCAUCAGUUUUAGUUACUGGUAGUAGUACAAUAUCAUCCGGUGAAAAUGAAACUAAUCCAAUAGUUGAAGAAUUUCCUUUAGCUUUAAAAGGCAAACUAACAUUGUUACCAAGAGAAAAUCGUUUAAAUCUAUGGACAUUUCCUUUAUUGGUGACUACAUAA